AUGUCGGUUGUUGUACCAUUACCGUUUGAUCGAUCAACAAAAUAUCUUAAUCCUCGACAUCAUCAUCCGCAAAAUGUUCCACCAUGGAAAAAGCAUGAUUUAUUGCAAAAACAACAACGAAACGUGUCAGUAUCAUUGCAUUCAUCAAGACAAAAGUCGUCUCAUCUUCUGUCAACAACUAGUGAGCCAUUUAUGCAUAAUCAUAUGAAUGAUUCAAAAAAUCAUUUUUCAUUAACUAAGUCAAACAUUCUAUCACCAGUAUCUCGUAUUUCAAAAGCUACAUCAGCUACCAUGGCUAUUGAACAAAAAUUAAUAAAUAGUAAUGAAGAUGAAGUACCGUCAAAUAUUGUUAAUGUAAUGAAGAAACGUUUCGAAUCGUUAACGUCGAAUCAGUACCCGACAACAACAACAACAACAACAACAACAACAACAACAACAACAACAACGGCAAUAAAACGCCGUUCAUUAAAUACAAUGCCAGAUCCGAAUGAAAAUUUAGCUUCAACAAAUUCAAUCAUUCCAAAAACAAUACCACAACAAGUGUUUCAAUCAGUUUUAUCUUUACCAUCCCAAAUACCAUUACUACAACCGACACCAACUAUCGUUGUUACUAAAAUACCUUCACCAUUGAAACGGACAACAAGAUUAUCAAGGAGUCAAGAUAGUUUAACAGCAAAUCAACAUAGUACAACGUAUAUUGGUGGACAUAUUGUCACUGCCGAACAAUUAUCAUCAUUUUUAACACCGAAAAACGAUGUUAUCAUUGUUGAUACAACAACUACGAAUUCGAAUGACAAUAAUACAUUACAAGCUAUACAUAAAACAUCAUCUAUUCGUCAUUCGUAUACGGAAUUACAUGUUGAUGAAGCGCCGAAAGCUGGCACUGUUGAACAAGUUAAGAAUAUGUUUGAACGACAAAUACGAAUGAGUCGAUAUGAUGCUGAUAAAUUGACAACAUUAAUGAUUAAUAAUAAUAAUAAUAAUAAUAAUAAUAACAAUAGUUGUAAUAUUAUUAGCAGUACAAAAUCGAAUAAUAAUAAUAAUUAUCGUGAAACAUCUAGUCCACGUAGUCGUAGUUUAUCGCCAUAUAAUGAUGUUCUACGACAAAGACGAACAACAUCGGUACCACUGCAAUCAUCAUCAAAAGAACAGCAGACUCAAUUAUCUUAUCCUGAUCUUGUCACAUCUCAUACACCUCCACCAUCAUCAACAAUCCCGCCGACGACUAUAAUUGAACAAAAGUAUUUAGACUCACUGACAUCGGUUACAGAUAGUUUUAGAACAAUGACAUUGAAAGACCAUAGUGCUGAUCAGGACAUAAGAACAAAUUACUCAUAUCGAUUAUCGUUAUCUUCCCAUAAAAUUCCAUCAACAGAAACAGUAUCAACAACAUUAAAAUCACUACAGGCAGAUGAGAAACAAUUAAAUAAUUCCAUAAAAUCGAAUCUUUUAUUAACUUCCACUGCUGUAUCAAUUCCAAUGACAAACGGUAGCAAUAUUAAUGUCAAUACUCAACAAUUAACGUCAGAUAUUAUUGAUUCAAAACCAAUUGAUUUUAAAAGUCAUUUAGCAUUAUUUAAUCGAAAUUGUCCAAAUGAUAUUUUAUUAGUAGUGCCGACAUCAACAAUUGUACCUCAACUAGCACCUCCUCCUGUACCCAAAAAGCCAGUACCAUCGUCAAAACCAAAUUUGACUUUAAAUUAUCAUCAUAAUCAAAUGGGUACAAAUGAGAUAUGUUCAAAUGAAGACUUUAUAGAUAAUUCUACAGAUGAUGUACCAUUUCAAACAAAUCUCUCAAUAUCAACAAAUGAAACAAAAUCUGAAAACAUUAAAAAUUCAACAGUAGUUAAUCGUGCAAAAGGUGUCACAUUUUUUGGUGGUUCAAAAGUGGACGGUAAAGAAACAACAGUAAUAAUGAAAUUAAACGAUAGCAAAUCAUCGCUAGCUUCAACAAAUCUACUAGUGGAAACAAGUCAGGUACAUGUCAUAGGUGGAAAUGUGAAACUAGAUAAAUCAUCCAUAUUCUCUGGUCUUAAAAAGGAUGUUCGUGUUCAAUUUAUUGAGGAUAUUUUGACGUUUGAAUAUCCAUCGUACGAAUUUUUAAUGGCUGAAUAUGGUUUAACGGAUGAUGAAGAUGAUACAAUUAUUGUUCAAGAUCGACGACAUUCAACAUUAAUAAACGAUGAUGAUAAAAAAGAAUUGAUAAAACUGAUAAAUAAAACUGAAAAAAUGAGUGAGAGCGGCGAUGAUGUAGAUGAUGAUGAACUGGAACAUUUAGCUCAAAUAAAUGCAAAAUUUAAUUCAAAUAAUUUAGAAGAAAAAACCGUUAAACCAAAAGGUAGUCUUCAUACGUUUCGUCCGACACAUGUGGAACCAUAUGAACUUGGUAGUCAACAUAAUAGUACUACAUCAAUAUCAUUUCCAUCAAAUUCAUUUUCAAGCUCAGAUAAUAAUCUAAGUACUCAAUCAACGUCACUCACAUCCUAUUCUGUAAUGGCAAGACAACAUUUAUUCACAACUAAUACAAAGCCAGCUAAUUUUUCAUCAUCCGUAUCUUCAACGAAUCAUGCACUUAAACAGAACGAUUCUAGUAUACAAUGGAGUUCAAUAUCAACUACUACUGAUCUUCUCUUUUAG